CUCGGAGUCAGCUGAUUCACCCGGCCUGCAUGCUUCACUGAGCACGAAUAUAAACCAGCUUGGGCUCAGGCAAGAGCAGCCAAACUUUGUUUUCAUCCCCAUCUGCACUGUCUGCUGUUUCGGGGAGACAGUGCAGAAAUUGUUUCCCUUGCUGUUGUCCUUGUCCAUUGUUCUCUUCCCCUCCCUUUCUCUCCUGCCACAUGCUACACACGCUGGUGUCGCCUGCGUCCAACCUAGCUGCAUCUCACCGAGACUCGCGAGAGACCACAGCAAAGGCUGCUACCUUGGCUCGCCUCUCCCACGCUGCCAACGCCGAAAGAACGCUGAUCCCGAAACAGGUCAUAACACCUGUUUGGAUAUUCUGCUUGUGUGUCGCUCUGUGACCUUGUGUGUCUGAUUACUGCGCUCUCGGGCAAAGUGCCAGGCCUGUUCGUUACGAUGCUGACUCGCCGUGUACAGCGCGUCAUCCAAUCAGCCUCUUCCCAGGCCUAGACCUUCGGACUCGACUGCAUGCCGUGUUACGUGGUGGUAGACCUACUCGGGGUCACACUCACAUGUCCAUGCUAAUUUUUCUUCAGAAGAACUGACGUUGCCGUCAGCUUUGUCCAGUCGUCGUGUAGAAACUCGUUGAGCUGUGUGCUCGUUUAUUUCGUUGUCAGAAGGAGAGAAGCUUCAUUUCAGAGCAACACCUCCUCCUCGUCCUCCUCGUCAAAACCAUUUCUGUCUUGUCAAGAAAUCAUUCCAUCCUAUUUCAGUAUUUGUGCCGAAGACUGUCACAUUCGCACCGAAGAUGACCUUCAUCAAUAGUUCUCGCAGCUGUGCUCUGCUUGCCGUCCUGUGUGUCAUCAUGCUGUACGCUCCGCUUCCCAGCCAUGGCCAGCUGUACUGGGACACGUUCAACAGCAGCAUCGAGAGCGGCCAGAACCUGACCGUUCGUUUCACCGUUCCCAUGUGGCACAGACUGCCCGACUACGUCGACCGACUGCGGAUUCGGGUGUUCUGUCCAGUCAGGAAUGGAUCGGAGACUCAUGGACACAUCUUGGAGUAUUCAUUCGUGAGCACAUUGCGCCAGGACGCUGCACAGCGCUCUGGCACGCUGAGCCUCGGACCUAUCGUUGGCUUGGGCACGUUGACCACCUACUGUGAGUUCGUCGUGGUCAAGCGCAGGGCGUUCGGAAAUUUGGUACUCUUCCUGCCCAUUCACUCAUUGGGCACGCAGAUCUUCGCCGUGAACUCACCACCCGUGGGUCAGGUUCGCCUGUCAUUGCUCCGAGAUGCCAAGCGAGCGGGCAUGAAGGUCAUGUGGAAGGUGUUCGCUGACAACGUGACCUCUGCGAGUGUGACGUACUUUCGCAGCGAUCGUCCGGAGAAGACGUUCCAAGCGGAUGCCAGCAGGGUGGAUAUGUAUUCACAGAGUGAUCUGCCAGGAAAACCAGCAAACAUUGAGCGGCCUGAUUACUACCGUAGCCCUGGCAAUGUGCACCAAGCUAGGCUCACUUCCCUGGACCCGCACACCGAGUACACGUACAUGAUAGAUGGCGACACUCGCACGAGGUCAUUCCGAACGCCGCGCUCACCUCAGCCAACACAUCGCGCUCACAUUGCAGCGUUCGGCAACAUGGGCGUGUUUGAUCAGCACGCGCAUGCCGGCAAGCACGGAGUGGCCAGCACCCCGUCGUCUGCAGCCGUCCAAUCAUUCAUGCAUCGUCUGGCUGCUGACUUUGCCAACCCGGCACCAUCAGCGCACCGCCCAGACCUCGUCAUUCACCUCGGUAACCUGGCCUACUCGUCCGGUCGCAGUUUCGUCUGGGACUACUUCCUGAAUCAAAUCCAGCCGGUGGCAGAGCACGUACCGUAUCAUGUCGUCGCCGGCGAGAGGGAAGUUGCCAUAGACAACGCCGCCGCCACGGACAAGGGCCUGGCCGCCUGGGCCAGCCGUUCAAACAAGUCCGGCGGUGAAGGUGGUGUUCCACUCUCUCAUCUUUUCUCCAUGCCUGGGUCGACGACUAGCAACGGCGUGUUUUGGUACAGUCAUGCCCUAGCUAAUGCCUACCUAGUCUACAUCAGCACCGAGCACGACGUAUCGCCCGGCUCAGCACAGUUCACAUGGCUAGAAGCGGAGCUCUCCAGCGUAGACCGAUCGCAGUAUCCGUGGCUCAUUGUCGCCGGUCACCGGCCCAUCUUCAACGGACAGACUCGGCCGGCAUCGCACGACUCCGCCGGGUUCGACGAGACGGCCCUGCGGCGCACGCUGCACGCACUGAUGCACAAGCACCAUGUCAAUGUCUAUCUGUCGGCGUACUUUGCCAACUACGUCCGGACUUGUCCGCUGGAUGGGAGCGAACGGUGCGUCACCGACGGCAAAUCGCACGGCGUCGUUCACAUGACGUGCGGAACUGCCGGAGCCCCGUUGGAAAUCACGCCCAUCAGGCAAGAGGCGUGGAUUGAAGCGCAUCUCUCGGAAUACGGCUACUGUGACAUUCAGACCAAGAGCAGAGACAGGGCGAUGCUGCGCUUCCGCUCAGUCACCGGUAAGCUCUCCGACCACUCCACGCUGCUGAACAAUGUUGUUGUCGAGACGCAGCAGCUGGAGCAACACGAGCCCGUCGUCAUUGAGCAGUUGCAAGCGGCGUCUUCAUCAGCAUCCGCCGCCGAUGGCCAGCGCUCCGCCUUCGUGCUGGUGGUGGCGGUCCUACUGUCGCUGCUGCUGCGGAGAGCAUGAGCACGAGCACUGUGCAUGGUACGCUGGACGCAGCCCGCGGAGAACACUGCAUCACACCUUGCAUUGUGUGCACAGACACUGUCGCCAUUGUUACUAUGGUAGCGCAGAGCACCCAACCAGUAGAACUAAGUUUCUAGCAUCACACCUCAUGCAAUCAUAGUAAUGAAGGAACCAACCCAGCAUGUCGAGUGACAUCAGGAGGAUUACCCGAUCUAUGCCAAGCUUCUACUCAAGUAAACGUCAAAAAGAAGGAAAAAUACCAGAAAACUGAAAUAACCCGGAAAAAGAAUAUGGAUCUAUCUCGCUAUAACUGGACUAACUGCCUAAAAGCAAGCGUGCGUGUGUGCAAGUGUAUGUCUGAGCUUGUGUGUUUGUGUAUGCUUGAGCGUGCCAUUCAGUGCAUGUUUGCGUGUAUGUGUGUGCGCGUGCGAUUGAGCGUAGUUUAUCGGUAAAUCCCAUUGUGUAUGCGUGUGUGUACGUGUGUGUAUGUGCAUGUCUGGUUCUUGGUUACGCCUCUCCUCACCAUUGAAUUGCACUUUGGUUCAAGCAUAUUAGCAUUCAAGUCGUUUUAGCUGUUCGCCGUUUGUCAGUCCUUCACAGCAAGUACACAGCCUAGUACUUUUGUAUCCGAUACUUGCUUUCUGUCUUCCAGGCAACGCUCCUGAUGGUCAAUUCCGAUUCUAUUUCCAUUUCUUUUCUUUGUAAACAGCGAAUCCAAGCGGUAUUUCGUCCAUUUUUUGGCACAUAUCUGCUUUCUAAAUUAAAGAAAUAACCAUCUAUUUGCUACGGUAUUGCGUCUAUCAAGCAAACCCUUGCCUUUGGCUCUCAAUACCACCUAUCACCCAGAACAAAUUAUCAUCACUCUAUUAAUGUUAUAGCAUUCUUGUUCUUCUAUGCCUUGAGCCAUUGAGAUCUACCAGCUUCUAUCAUCGUUCUUUUAAAACAGGUUUUCCUAAUUUAUAACUUUCCACCAGAAA